AUGCAGAAUGUCGGACAGUCUGAAAAUCGAAAUAUCGAUAAGGUGAAUGUGCAACUUGAUGUGGUAAAAUCCUCCACUCCUCAGAGUUCGGCUUCAAGUCCAGCUAAAUCUGAAACCGAAACAUAUUCCGGAGCACCCGCUAAAUACAUGACGGAUUCAUCAGAAAGCGAAGAUGAUUCCGUGUCCGAGGCCGAUAUGGAUGAAGAAGGUGGCAGUGCAGAGACUUCAAAGUUCCUACUCUCUCAUGGUGAGCCCGAACCAACAGUCGAUGCAGAAAUGCAAGCCAGGCUGGAAACACUGUUAGAAGUAGCUGGUAUUAGCAAGUUAUCCGGGGAGGGCAAGCACCUAGCAGAUCCCGAAGUUCUUCGUCGUCUGACAUCAUCGGUGUCCUGCGCUCUGGACGAAGCCGCCGCGGCACUCACCAGAAUGCGGAGCGACCAACCGCCAGCACACCACAGGCAUCAUCAUCAAGAUAAACCAACGCAAUGUGGGUCUACGGCGACGGGAACCACGCAAACUGUUCCUUCCUCUGUCGGCGCGGAUGGAGCUCCUUCUUUGGCCGAGGCGUGUUCGGAUGGGGAUGUGGGGACGGUCCGGAAACUUCUCACCGAAGGUCGCUCUGUCCACGAGACGACAGAAGAGGGAGAGUCCCUCCUUUCCCUUGCCUGUUCCGCAGGAUACUACGAACUAGCGCAGGUGCUCCUCGCGAUGCACGCGAGCGUCGAAGACCGAGGCAUCAAGGGCGACUGUACACCUUUAAUGGAAGCAGCGAGUGCAGGACACGUCGAUAUCGUCCGGUUACUGAUAGCACACGGCGCCGACGUGAACGCAGUAUCAGGAUCCGGCAAUACUCCUCUCAUGUACGCGUGCGCAGGAGGACACGAGGAGUGCGUGCGCGCACUUAUCGAGAACGGCGCUAAUGUCGAAGACCAUAACGAGAACGGACACACACCGCUCAUGGAGGCCGCGUCAGCCGGUCACGUGGGCGUGGCUAAAAUCCUUCUCGAGCAUGGAGCUGGCAUCAACACCCAUUCAAAUGAGUUCAAAGAGUCUGCCUUAACCCUCGCGUGCUAUAAGGGUCACCUGGAUAUGGUACGCUUUCUACUGGCCGCGGGAGCUGACAGGGAGCACAAGACCGACGAGAUGCAUACCGCGCUCAUGGAGGCUAGUAUGGACGGUCACGUGGAAGUGGCUCGGCUCCUGCUAGAUUCUGGAGCACAGGUAAACAUGCCUACGGACAGUUUUGAGUCUCCCUUGACGUUAGCCGCGUGCGGUGGUCACGUCGAGUUGGCUAUGUUGCUGCUAGAGCGUGGAGCCAACAUUGAAGAGGUGAACGACGAGGGGUACACGCCGCUCAUGGAGGCUGCCAGAGAAGGACAUGAGGAGAUGGUAGCAUUGCUGCUAGGCCAAGGCGCUGCUAUUAACGCGCAGACGGAUGAAACGCAAGAGACCGCGUUGACGCUCGCCUGCUGUGGUGGCUUCCUUGAAGUGGCGGACUUCCUUAUCAAGGCUGGCGCGGACGCAGAACUUGGCGCUUCUACUCCUCUCAUGGAGGCCAGUCAAGAGGGACAUUUGGAGCUUGUCCGGUACCUUUUGAAUGCGGGAGCGGAUGUUCAUGCGCAAACGCAAACAGGCGACACGGCACUCACGUAUGCCUGUGAGAAUGGGCAUACGGAUGUGGCGGACGUGCUUUUGCGUGCAGGCGCCGUGCUCGAGCACGAAAGCGAGGGUGGGCGCACGCCGCUGAUGAAGGCGUGCCGAGCUGGACAUCUGUGCACCGUGCAGUUCCUAGUUGGAAAGGGCGCCGAUGUAAAUCGUAUGACUGCGAAUGCGGAUCAUACGCCGCUCUCCUUGGCCUGCGCGGGUGGGCACGCGGACGUGGUGAAGUUCUUGUUGGCUUGUGACGCGGACCCUUUCCGCAAGCUCAAAGACAAUUCCAGCACGUUGAUAGAGGCCGCCAAGGGAGGUCACACUGCUGUUGUGCAGCUGCUCCUCGACUUCCCGCAUUCCAUUAUGUUGCCCAGAGGUGAGGGUGGUGUUACAUCGGAGGAUAACAAUGGUCUAAGCUCUGCCCAGGCCGCGGCACUCGGUCUAUCUCAUGCACCUACCCCUGGCUUCAAUCAACGCGCCUUACUUCCCGCCCAUCCCCAUCCGCCUCCUCUCGCACCAAUUCCCACCGCUGCGCCUGUGCCCGCACCAGUACCUGCAGCUACACCAGCACCCACGCCGGCUGCAGCUGACCUGCCGCCUAACUUCGCCAAGGUUUAUCUAGACGGGAGGAAAAAACAACCUGUGGCGGCUAAUAACGUGGCGCCGGCAGCGAACUGUCCACCCGCUAACCCAGUGACAAGCGCAGCGGGUACGCUUCCCAUGCCAGCGGGUACGCAGGCCGCUCCACUUAUGGGCACGGGGGCUCCACUUAUGGGCACCGGUACUCCGCUCAUGGGAGCUGGAACUGCGAUGACCGCACCCGCUGCCAAACACAAGGGCACCCGUAAGCAGCGGCCCGCACCACCACACUCCGAUCACCACCUACCACCACCGCCCGAUAUAAUCGAAGAUCAGAGAACGGACGUCCUCGUAGGACAAGUGCGCAACGAAACACUGCCAGAGAACGAGAGAAGUAUGCUGGAGCUAGCUGACCCGUCUGGUCCACCGACGCUCGCCACGUCUGCCCUGCAUGCCCUCGAUCUACAAUAUUGUGCUCAAGUUGCAGCGAAAGGCCCGCUACCCAGUAGCCCACCCUACCCGCCACCGCCGAAUUAUUUAUACCCAGUGCAGCAAUUAGCAACUAAGUUAAACCAGCUCCAAUUGCAAGAACUUCAACAUCAGCAACUUCAGCAGCUUACAGCGCAGCAACAACAGCAACUAACGGUCCAACAACAAGAACUGACGGCGCAACAACAACAGCAGCUGGUUGCCCAACAACAACAGCAGUUGGCAGCGCAACAGCAACAGCAACUGACGGCGCAGCAGCAACAUAAGAAACAGCAUCAGCAGCAACAACUACAACAGCAGUUGCAACAGCAACAACAGCAGCAGCAGCAAUAUGUUGCGGCACAAAAUAUCCAACCAAGGCCUGAAAUUUAUGUGCAACAAGUAAAUGUCGAAGUCAGUGCUGGGGACGGCCAUACAGUGGAGGCGCGUGAGUUAGGAGCUGUGCUUGCCUAUCUUCAGAGAGAGGUUCCAUCCUUAAUUGCACUGCCGCCAGACGAGCUUAGAACCCUUGUGCUGCAGGUUAUGCAACAGAAAUCCCACGAGAUCUUAUUGGGUAAAUGUGCCGGGGAGGGAGAUGGUAGCGGUGAAGAAGGAGACGAGAGGAACGCGCGUCGCCUUCUCGCUGCCGCUGAAGAAGCGCUGUCGUCAGACUGUGACAUGCAGAACAUGCAAGCUGGUGGUCAGUUGACACACACCCCUUUUGUCGAGACCGACGGCCCACAAGCGACUGACGUAGUAGCUGGUGCGGCCGAACCUCAGGAAAUGGAUGUGCCACCGGAACAUCAUCAUCACUUUGCUCUGCCACCGCCCGCCAUUACCUACGACGACUAUCGGACACCGUCGUUCGGUCCGUCGGAAAUAGCCAAGAGCGCGGCGAUAGCCAGUCUGGCAGCGCGGCAGGCGGGCGUCGCGCCAGACGUGUCUGCCAUUCUAGCUGCACGGGUCGAUGCGAGGCUCAACGCCAUGACCACGGGGCUACCACCUGAUGAAGCGUACAACCUCACCGCCGGCAUGUUGUCUGGAGUUGCGGCUGGCCUCAAGGCGCUUACGCCCGCUCCCGCUCCCGCCCGAUCCUACACUCCGCCUCUUCCUCACUCGACAAAGAGGGAACAUCACCACCAGGCUACCAACACUCCUACUGCUAUCAAGAAGAAGGGUCGCUUCGGAGGCCGUGGCUGUCGAUCUGAAACCUAUGGGGCAGCGCCACCUCAACCGGCGCCUGCUGCCUACUCCGCUAUGGACCUAGACGCGGAGACGGACUCGAACCACGACACGGCGCUGACCCUGGCUUGUGCUGGAGGACACGAGGAACUCGUCGAGCUGCUCCUUUCGCGUGGUGCUGAUAUCGAACACAGGGACAAAAAGGGCUUUACACCUCUAAUCCUAGCAGCGACAGCAGGUCACGAGAAGAUUGUAGAGAUCCUGCUGAACCACGGUGCUGAUAUCGAGGCGCAGUCGGAGCGUACAAAGGAUACUCCACUAUCGCUCGCUUGCAGCGGGGGUAGAUACGACGUUGUCGAGCUGAUUCUCAACCGGGGCGCUAACAAGGAGCAUAGAAAUGUCUCGGACUACACCCCUCUGUCGCUGGCUGCUUCCGGUGGAUAUGUCAACAUAAUCCGACUGUUGUUGCACCACCAGGCGGAAAUCAACUCCCGUACCGGUUCCAAACUUGGUAUCUCCCCGUUAAUGUUGGCGGCAAUGAACGGGCACACGGCGGCUGUACGACUGCUCCUCGACUGCGGCUCGGAUAUCAAUGCGCAGAUCGAGACAAAUCGCAACACUGCGCUUACCCUAGCUUGCUUCCAAGGUCGACACGAAGUUGUUAGCUUGCUAUUGGACCGUAAAGCAAACGUCGAGCAUCGAGCGAAGACCGGCUUAACACCUCUUAUGGAAGCAGCUAGCGGGGGCUACGUGGAAGUAGGCCGAGUGUUGCUAGACAAAGGGGCUGACGUGAAUGCGCCACCCGUGCCUUCAUCUAGAGAUACAGCCCUAACAAUUGCCGCGGACAAGGGCCAUACUAAGUUUGUGGAACUGUUGCUGCAAAGACGAGCUGCGGUGGAGGUUAAGAACAAGAAAGGCAAUUCGCCGUUGUGGCUAGCAGCAAACGGUGGACACCUUGCUGUGGUCGAGAUGCUCUAUGCUUCCGGCGCAGACAUCGAUUCACAGGACAACAGAAAGGUGUCGUGUCUAAUGGCAGCUUUCCGCAAGGGCCACACCAAAGUUGUCAAGUGGAUGGUCGGUGUCGUUACGCAGUUCCCCUCGGACCAGGAAAUGACAAGGUAUAUUUGUACAAUAUCGGACAAAGAGUUGCUGGAGAAAUGUCAAGAGUGUGUGCGAGUAAUUCGCGCGGCAAAAGAAACUCAAGCGGCGCGUGCAAACCAAAAUGCGACAAUUUUGCUUGAGGAGCUAGAUGCGGAGCGAUGCCGUGAAGAGAAUCGCCGCCAAGCAGCCGCGCGAAGGCGUGAAAGAAAGAAGAAGAAGAAGAUGGAGAAGAAGGUACCGUUAGCGUUAGAACAGGAAGAGCGCCGUAAACUUCAAGCGGAGAAUGAAAAGAACACCUUGUACUGCGAAAAAGCAUCAGGCGAGUUGUCGGAAGGUGGUGAACCUGACGACGAACCAGUUCCCAAGGAGGAAGGCGACUCCGGUAUUGAUGCUAAUUCACAGGGUUCCUGUUCAUCAUCGGAUGUGAAAGCUCCACCCGCUUCAAGCAAGACUAAAAAGAAGAAAAAGGAAGAAAAGAUACCUACUCCUGCACCUUCUAAGAAACAACCUGAUAAAACAAAGUCCAAACUAGAGUCAAAAGAGAAGGAAAUAAGUACUAAAAGUGAGAAAAAACAAGAGAAAGAGAAUGUCGCACCUGUAGCGCCAGUGGUGCCCGUCCCCCCGCCUAAACACGAACGCACCAAGAAGGAAAAAAGCCAAGAAGAAGAUCUAAAAACCAUAGCCGUACAGAAUGUUAACAAGUACGGAAACAGCUCUAGAAAGAGCCAAGUGUUUGAAUCGUCUAGGCUUAACGUGGAGAAAGACGACGUUGACACGAUCGAGAAAUCUAAAAAAAUAUUCAGCCAUCAAUGGGAGACGGAAGGCAAAAAUACGUCCCCAAAAAGCGCAACUGCUCCAAGUGCGUCACGUCGCGAGGAAGGUUGGAAGGAGGUUGUUCGAAAAUCUAGUGUACAACCACCCUCAGCAGUCGAACCUGGAUGUAAGAAAGUGUGCGUCGCAUCCCAUGCAAUAUCGCGAGUGAUCGGCAGAGCCGGAUCGAAUAUCAACGCUAUCCGUUCAGCUACAGGCGCCCAUAUUGAAGUUGACAAGCAGACUAAGGGACAAGGAGAGCGAAUUAUUACAAUCAAGGGCUCAACGGAAGCUACUAAGCAGGCAGCGAGCCUUAUUGCAGCUAUGAUCCGAGACCCAGAAGCAGAUAUUGCUCAACUGUUGCCUCGCGCUAAACUACCCGUCCCAGCACCGCAACCUGCAGUCGUGAAACCAGCGAAACAACCGACUACGAAGACAACACAUUUGACCAGCGUGUCAGCUGCGACUCGAAUGGCCCCGCCCACAAGCGCAACCGCAGUAGUAAGCGCUGUGCCUGCAUCGGCCGUGCGUACCCCCGCUAAACAGCAUCCACCCGCACGUGCCCCUACGAGAAUACAUGCUCACCCUAUCGCUACGGUUGCAACCGAGAAACGAGCUCCAAGCGCUCCAGGGGCAGUCGGCUCCAGCACCAGCAACAUCGUGAAGCCCGGAGCGCUCUCGUACACGGGCGCUAUCGUUGGUGCAAGAAGCCACACAUUCGCCGCAAAGGUUACUGCUACUCCGCCGGUUGACAGCAAGCCCAGACCUUCGACGCAGGUGUGUGCAAGUCCAUCGUCUAGUGCCGCUAGCAGCGGAGCUAGUUCUUCACCCCUGAAAUCUCGGACACCACCACCUGCGCCCGCGCCACGCCCUCCUCAAGCUACGCCUCCGCAUAGGCAAGAAGAUCCACGUGUUAAUGAGCGAUUGCAGCUAAGUCCAGACAACGCAAGCACAUGGAGCAAUGAAGAGAACCCAGUGAAUACAUCUACUUCAGCUCUACACAUUAACACUACGCCACAGUCAACGGGCAGUGCUAGCGGCAGCAGCGCGGGCACUCUUGAGUACUCCCUGUUCAAGGACCUGUCCGCGGGUGGGGGUGGUGGAAUGUGGACGAACGAACCGCACGCAGAAGCUCCGCCUCCUCCUGUCGAUGCGAGCAAAGCGCCUGGUUACAGAGGCGCAGGGGGUGGCGGCGGUUGCUCCCCAUGUUCGCGCACGUCGUCACACGGCUCGACACCUCCACCGUACCACCAGCCUUAUCAUCAGCAGACCUCUAUGGGCAACAAUAUGAACGCCAUGGACAUGAGCGGUCUGACUCGAAAUGGACCUAUAUACCAAGAUAACUCACGCAAUGGACAUAAUAUCAUGGUAUCAAUGUCGAGUGGCGUGAACGUGGGACUGGGCUACGUAAACGUGGGUAACGUAGGGAACGUGGGCGUCGGUGUGGGCGUUGAAAACGUGUCUCGACUUAACCCUCGUGCACCUGACUUCGCUCAGAGACACCCGUUACUUCAGCAUCAGCAUAAACAUUCGGCGCAGCAACUGUUUGCCGGCGCGGGCAACGCCAGUAAUCUCAGCUCGCUGCUGAUGUCAUACCAGCAACAUCCACAGCCACAACCGCCACCGCAGCCCCAGCCGCAACCGCAACAUCCCUACCAGUCGCUCCUUGACCGCGGAGUAGGGGUAAAUGUGAACUCGGUGGGCGUGGGCAUGGGUGUGUCAUGGGGUGAGGAAGAAGAGAGGAAACCUCGCCCCAUUGGUACGGAACGCGCCUGGAAGCUCACCGCCGGCGAAGACUGGCACCACCGCACCGACCAUGACAGAUACCAGCAAGGAGUAAGCGGCAUGAGCGGUGUAGGCGUGGGCGUUGGGGUGAACACCGGAGUUGGUGUCGGCGUUGAGGGCUACGGCGUGGGUGGAGCCGGCGCAGGCGCAGCUACGGCAGCAGCUCUCUCGCUUAUGCAUGCGCUACCACUCCACUACAUGCCGCCCGUGCCUGAUCAUCAACAAUGGGACCGCCCGCCACAUCACAACAACGAUAAACAGCAAACCUGGAGCAAGUGGAACCACUAG